AUGAAAAGUUAUUUUUACGAUAACCAAGAAGAUGUUGUAUCACUUGACUAUUUAAAAGAACACAAUGUUUUAUAUUUCCCAAUGGAUAUGGAAAACGAUAACUAUAAAGAACCUUUAGAGCAAUUGUGCAAAGAAAGAGGAUACAAGAAUAGAGAUGAAGUUAAAUUAAAUAAAGAAACUCCAGGCUUAGAAGAUAAAUUAAAAAUAUUUUUUGAAGAACAUUUACAUGACGACGAAGAAAUUAGAUUUAUUUUAGACGGUUGUGGAUUUUUUGAUGUUAGAGACAAAAAUGAUAAAUGGAUUAGAAUUAGAGUUGAAAAGGGUGAUUUAAUUAUUGUUCCAGCAAACAUGUAUCAUCGUUUCACAUUAGAUGAAACUAGAAAAAUCCAUGCAAUGAGAUUAUUCACUGAUGCCCCAAAAUGGGUUCCAAUUAACAGACAUCAAAACUAA